AUGUCUGCCAACCCCCACCAACAUCCCGACGAUGUCGACUCGGACCCGGACAUGCUCGACGCCGACGACGCCCUCGAGGAAGUCGUCGCCGACGAGGGCGAUGUGGCGAUGGACUCGGGUGACGAGGGCGACGAGCAGCAGGAGGAAAUCACACUUCAGAACGACUCGAUUGCCUACUUCGACGCACACAAGGACUCGGUCUUCGCCAUCGCGCAACACCCCACCGUCCCCUCGCUGAUUGCGACGGGCGGCAGCGAGGGCGAGGCGGAUGACGCCCCCGGCCGCGGCUACGUGAUUGAUAUCUCGGGCGUCAGGGAGCGGCCCGUGCUGCCGGCGAGCUGGAGCAGCGGCGGCGGCGAGGGCGGCGGCGCGCAGAGGAGCACGGAGAUCAGCCCGGUUUUCACCAUCGAGGGCCACACGGACAGCAUCAAUGCGCUGGCGUUCACGCUGCCGCGGGGCGAGUUCCUCCUGUCGGGCGGCAUGGACGGGCGGCUGCGCGUGUACGCCGUCGCGGCUUCGCCCAGUGCGCCGGCCAGCGCAAAGUUCAAGUUUGUUGCUGAGUCGCAAGAGGUGCCCGAGAUCAACUGGCUUUCGGCAUGCCCCGACCCGUCUCACCCGAAUACCAUUGCUCUCGGCGCAUCCGACGGCUCAGUAUGGGUGUAUACCAUCGAUUCCUCAGAUGCUUCGAACCCCCUACAGAUCGUCCAGAGUUAUUUCCUUCACACAGGCUCUGCAACGGCCGGCGCUUGGACAUCAGAUGGCGCACUGCUUGCCACUGUUUCAGAGGAUAGCAGUCUAUACGUUUACGAUGUAUGGGGUAUUGCUGCGGCGAAGGGCAGCAUCGACUCGAACGGGAUGACCGUCGUGUCACUGACUGGCGAGGAUCAGCGGUUUGAAGUCGAAGGUGGCCUAUACUCAGUAGCCAUAGAGCCAAGAGGCGGUUUUCUCGCAGUUGGCGGAGCGGGCGGCUCGAUCAGGAUCGUUGGCCUACCACGGCUCUCAGAACAGGCACAGGCUCCCCAAGGGCAGACCAAGUCAAAAGCUCGCGCCGGCAAAGCAGGACGCUCAGCGGGCGCGGGAGGUGCAGACAGCAGUACACAAGCGGGACAGAUCCUGGCGGCGAUACAAGUACAGUCAGAUGGUAUUGAGACGCUAUCUUUCUCACCUGCGCCACAGACACUCCUGGCUUCGGGGUCAGUGGACGGCAGUAUAGCGAUCUUCGACACAUCAAGGUCCUUCGGUUUGAGGAGGCAUACACAGGGUGCCCACGACGAGUUCUCCGUGGUCAAGGUGGAGUUUGUGAAGCAGAACGGCUGGGCGCUGACAAGCUGCGGCAUGGACGGCGUGGUGAAGCGAUGGGAUCUACGCGGUGCAACGGCGAGCCAGCACGUCAGCAGCUCAGACGCGUCUGGGCUCGUUAAGGAAUGGCGCGGCCACAGGGGAGAUGGCGAGGGCGGCGGCGUGCUGGGUUUCGUUCAGGGGGAGACAGGCGAGCGGGUCGUGACGGCUGGUGAUGACGGUGUGGUGUUGGUCUUUGAGGCAUAG